GUCAGUGCAGUGCACUUGCAGGAACACUUAACGAGACUAGCUUCCAGUGUAUUGGACAGGACUUGUACCGGCAACCUGACUGCUUUGCAGCUGACUGAAUUCUUGGCCCAAGAAACCAGUGGUGGCAAGAAACAGACGCACCGAUCAACAUGAGCACAGCAGGCAAAGUUAUUAAAUGCAAAGCAGCAGUAAUGUGGGAAGCCAAUAAACCAUUUUCUAUUGAGGAAGUGGAAGUUGCCCCACCAAAAGCACAUGAAGUUCGCAUAAAGAUUGUGGCUACAGGGAUCUGUCGCUCUGAUGACCAUGUGAUAACUGGUGGGCUGGUUAUGCCUUUUCCAAUAAUCCUUGGGCAUGAAGCAGCUGGUAUUGUGGAGAGUGUUGGGCAGGGAGUAACUUCGAUCAAACCAGGAGACAAGGUUAUUCCACUCUUUGUUCCACAGUGUGGGGAGUGCAACAGUUGCUUAAGCACCAAGGGCAAUCUGUGCAGUAAAAAUGACAUUGGUUCAGCUGCUGGAUCAAUGCCUGAUGGCACCACUAGAUUCACCUGUAAAGGACAAGCAAUUCACCAUUUUCUUGGUACAAGUACCUUCACUGAAUACACAGUAGUGCAUGAAUCUGCUGUAGCCAAAAUUGAUUCUGCUGCUCCUCUGGAAAAAGUCUGUCUGAUUGGAUGUGGAUUUUCAACUGGUUAUGGGGCUGCUGUGCAGACUGCCAAGGUGGAACCAGGCUCCACCUGUGCUGUCUUUGGCCUCGGAGGAGUUGGCCUCUCUGUUGUCAUGGGCUGCAAGGCAGCUGGAGCUUCCCGCAUCAUUGCUGUUGAUAUCAAUAGUGACAAGUUUGCCAAGGCCAAGGAGCUGGGAGCCACAGAGUGCGUCAACCCUAAAGAUUUCAAGAAGCCUAUUCACGAAGUGUUGAUUGAAAUGACUGGUCAUGGUGUGGACUACUCCUUUGAGGUCAUCGGCCGUACCGAAACUAUGAUUGCAGCCUUGGCCUGUUGCCAAUACAACUAUGGAGUCAGUGUGAUUGUGGGAGUACCCCCUGCAGCACAAAAGAUCACUUUUGACCCCAUGCUCCUCUUCACUGGUCGCAACUGGAAAGGGUCCGUCUUUGGAGGCUGGAAAAGUAAAGAUUCAGUCCCUAAACUGGUUGAUGACUACAUGAAGAAAAAAUUUGUGCUGGAUCCAUUAAUAACCCACACACUUCCUUUCACUAAAAUCAAUGAAGGAUUUGAUCUGCUAAGGACAGGGAAGAGCAUUCGCAGUGUCCUGAUGUUUUAGGAUUCCCAAUUGUUAAGCGGCAGAUGGCUCAGCACCAGUACAAAUUUCAUUAUCUUCCAAUAUAACUGAUAUGAAAUAACACCAAGACUUCUCUGAAAGGUCUACCACCACUGCCUGUUGAAUAAAAGGAUCAAGCUCAAACCCCAGAAUUCAAGUGCAGCACUUAUAAAUGAAAUAAUAUUUUUUCCUCUUACCUCUUCCUCCUGUUCUUGCUUUAAAUGCUCUGUGUUGUGCUGCAGUUUUCUUUUAAUAGCCAGUUAUGAAUUACAGCACUUGCCGCCAUCACAGGUAUUACGAAAGGUUUGGAUUUUUCAAAAUGGUUUUUAAUAUGCAGUCCUCUAAUAAAAGAAAAAUGAAGGAAACUGUUCGUUUGGGCCUUCGUAAUACUGCAAGCUUAACAGAUUUGUGCAUGCAGCCCAGCACAGUAAAACUCUAGGUCAGACCUAUGUAUCUGUCCUGAAUGAUUUUAGAAUUCCAUUAUCUGACAAGCAACAAAAUUACUCCUUAUUCCAUUACCUGAUAUGCAAGGAAAUUACUGCAGUAAAUCAUAGACUUAGGUACUCACCACUGAAAAUUUUACCAAAUUAACACUUCCAAGCAUUUUAUAUAAAACUGCUGUGGUGGUGUUCUGUGGUUUGUGGGGUUUUUUCAACUUUGUACCUCUUUCUUGGGGAUGUUUUAGAUCUUUGGACAAUUUAUACAUGUGCGCCUGAUGCUUGGGAAACAAUGUGAAGAAAUAUGAAUGUGCAUGAAGUAUUGUUACUUGUUUCCAUCAAAUAAAGGGAAAGUUUCCUAACCUUUAA